CCUUCUCGUUGCUUCUUUCAAGAUUCAUCGCCUUCCCACCUGGCUUUCUUUUUUCUAUUUCCUUUUCAAACCCUUUAUAUUUCCACUUCAUCUCCUCAAUUUCACACACAUUUCCCACCAAUAUUGGGGUUAUUUUUUUCCCAUUUUCUUCUCUCAAUCGAUUAACAGAAACAUGAAAUGUUUUAGCAUAUUUCAUUCAAAAUCAACACACCCAAGAGAUCAAAAGUCAAAAUCAGCAGCAAAAGCAGUCAAAUCAACGGGCUCAAUCUCUUCCCCAAGAAGCAUUCCAGAAUUGUACAAAGAAAAAGAACACAAUCUGAAGAAAUUUUCAUUUUCAGAGCUCAGGAAUGCUACCACUAACUUCAAUAAGCUUCUAAAGAUUGGUGAAGGUGGAUUUGGGAGUGUUUAUAAAGCAAGAAUUAGACUUUCGGAAAGUCAAAAUGAUCCUCUUGUGGUCGCCAUUAAAAGGCUCAACAAACAGGGCAUGCAGGGGCAUAAAGAAUGGUUAACAGAAAUUCAGUUUCUAGGUGUGGUCGAUCACCCAAACCUUGUAAAACUUUUGGGAUAUUGCUCGGUUGAUGGUGAACGAGUGAUGCAAAGAUUGUUGGUUUACGAGUACAUGCCAAACAAAAGCUUAGCGGUUCAUCUUUUUAGCACCACUUUGCCACCCAUUCCUUGGAAAACAAGGCUAAGAAUCCUCCUUGGUGCAGCCGAGGGCUUGGCUUAUCUACACGAAGGGUUGGAAAUCCAGGUGAUAUAUCGCGAUUUCAAGUCAUCGAAUGUGCUAUUGGAUGAAAAAUUCAACGCGAAGCUUUCCGACUUGGGUCUUGCUAGAGAAGGUCCACAAGGGGACUGUACACAUGUUUCUACAUUGCCUGUCGGGACAUAUGGAUAUGCUGCUCCAGAAUACAUCGAAACCGGUCAUCUUAAAUCGAAAAGUGACGUAUGGAGUUUCGGGGUUGUACUCUUUGAGGUCCUAACGGGCCGGCCGACUGUAGAUAGAAAACUACCGAAAGCUGAACAAAAGCUUAUCGAAUGGGUGAAACAGUUCCCUCCUAAUAGCAGAAAGUUUUGGAUGGUCAUGGAUCGGCGUUUAAACAACCAAUAUUCUCUCGACGCUGCUCGAAGCAUUGCAAAAUUGGCCGUUAGCUGCCUCUACAAGAACCCGAAUGAUCGACCAACAAUGAGCCAGAUUGUCAAGGGCUUGAAAAACACGAUUAAGGAGUCCGAAAGCGGACUUAUUGUACCUGAGAAACGGAGUCCUGUUUCUAAGUCAUCUACCUGAAUUAAGAAUGGUUCAUGACUGCUUUGUUUUCCUAAUGAAAUGUUUCUACUGUGCAUCUAACACUUGUACCCUGUGCAUCAGAGCUUGUUCCAUGUGCAUUCAUUUCUUAGAUGGCAGGAUUAGAACCCGGUUUUAUUUCAUCAUUCCCUUGUCUUUAUC